CGCACCGCCCAGCGGCUGCCUUGAGGGCCGAGGGCGGGACGCGGGGCGGCGGGGGCGCGGCGCGGCAGAAGUGAGGUGGUGGCUGGACUGCACGACGGCAGGGGUGCUCGGCAUGGCUCGCCUGGUCCUCGGUCUGAUGAGCUGUACCCUCUUCGUAGCAGUUAAUGGUCUCUAUUCAUCUAGUGACGAUGUCAUCGAAUUAACGCCAUCAAAUUUCAACCGAGAAGUCAUCCAAAGUGAUAGUUUGUGGCUUGUAGAAUUCUAUGCUCCUUGGUGUGGCCACUGCCAAAGGUUGACACCGGAGUGGAAGAAGGUAGCAACUGCAUUAAAAGAUGUGGUGAAGGUUGGCGCGGUCGACGCAGACAAGCAUCAGUCCCUGGGCGGGCAGUACGGCGUGCAGGGCUUUCCCACCAUCAAGAUCUUCGGCUCCAACAAAAACAGACCCGAAGAUUAUCAGGGUGGCAGGACGGGUGAAGCCAUCGUGGACGCCGCUCUCAGCGCUCUGCGCCAGCUCGUGAAGGAUCGCCUGGGGGGCCGCGGGGGUGGCUAUAGUUCUGGAAAACAAGGUAGAAGCGAAGGUUUGGGUAAGAAGGACGUGAUUGAGCUGACGGAUGACACCUUUGAUAAGAACGUUCUCGACAGCGAAGAUGUUUGGAUGGUUGAGUUCUAUGCUCCUUGGUGUGGACACUGCAAAAAUCUAGAGCCAGAGUGGGCCGCGGCAGCCACGGAGGUGAAGGAGCAGACCAAGGGCAAGGUGAAGCUUGCGGCCGUGGACGCCACCGUGAACCAGGUCCUCGCCAGCCGGUACGGGAUCAGAGGAUUUCCUACCAUCAAGAUCUUUCAGAAAGGCGAGUCCCCCGUGGAUUACGACGGGGGGCGGACGCGGUCCGACAUCGUCACCCGGGCUCUUGAUCUGUUUUCGGACAACGCCCCGCCUCCUGAGCUGCUCGAGAUCAUCAGCGAGGACGUCGCCAAGAAGACGUGCGAGGAGCACCAGCUCUGCGUGGUGGCUGUGCUGCCGCAUAUUCUCGACACGGGAGCUGCAGGCAGAAAUUCUUACUUGGAAGUUCUUCUGAAGCUGGCAGACAAAUACAAAAAGAAAAUGUGGGGGUGGCUGUGGACAGAAGCCGGAGCCCAGACCGAACUGGAGCACGCGCUGGGCAUCGGAGGCUUUGGCUACCCUGCCAUGGCUGCCAUCAACGCCCGCAAGAUGAAGUUUGCUCUUCUAAAAGGAUCUUUCAGUGAGCAAGGCAUUAACGAGUUUCUCAGGGAGCUGUCUUUCGGGCGCGGGUCCACGGCGCCCGUGGGAGGCGGGGCGUUCCCGGCCAUCAGCACCAGGGAGCCUUGGGACGGCAAGGAUGGCGAGCUUCCCGUGGAAGACGACAUCGACCUGAGCGACGUGGAGCUGGACGACCUGGAGAAGGAUGAGUUGUGAGGCGCUCGGCCCAGACUUCAGUUCUCUUUUCUUGGGAGCAGAUUUUCCAGCAGUGAAGGAACACGCUUCACAAACAGAUGACUCUACCAGUGGCCUUUUUAACCAAGAAGUAGCACUCGAUCCGUCAUUUGAAAACACUGCGGCAGGGAACGUGUGCGUCUCCAGAAAAUGAUGCGACAUUCUAUGAAUUGUCGUAGCCAGUGAAUUGGGUUGUAUUCUGUCACUAUUUUGAAGAAGGCGGAUGGGCUGUUGAAACCUUUCCUUCCCUCCUCUGACUGCUGCUUGAGUGCUCGCGGAGGCUGUUUCCUACAUCCAAGUUUUUUAAUGUGAUCCUUUCAUUUGAAUAUUAAUGGCUUUUUUCCAUUAAAGAAUAAAACGGUAUUUUGGACAAUGCCAAUAAACGUAUGAAAUUAGUGUCCACAUCCUAAA